GUACUAUUGCCGUGAUCUACACCACAUGGGCCCUGGACGCCCACGUCAAAUGAAUUGCAGCCGUAUCGUGUAGGCGUAUGAUUCCGGCAAUGCUGCAGGAAUGAGCAUUCAUCAUUGGCUAAGGUGGCAUUCCUCGAUACAUGUGCAUGGUAAGACCAGCGUGCAGCUCUCGGUACAAAACUGUCAGACGGGAGUGGCUCCCGCUGUGCAAGACAUUCCCACCUGUAGACCGUUGAGCAACGCAUACGGUGCAGUGUACGGCUACCCUCCCGUCGUGCUAUCUAACAAUACUCUACACAACACACCACACCCUAUCGCGGUGCACAAACACCUAGUCCCCUCGUCGUCAGGACCAGCUAUUAUGGAUUUCUUCCCUGACAACGAACACGACGCGCUUCAUGCCAGUCGCGUCGACGCAUCCUUGGCAGAACUGCAACGAACAGUCACAGAGCAUGAGGCGACAUUGAGCAAGUUGCGUGCAUCGGCGCCCGGCCGGUCACUCACCACUAUCCGUCCAGAGGCUCCCUUGCAAAUCACGAAGGCGGCCUAUGACGAGCUAGCGUCCAAGACACCGUUUCUCCCAUUCCCGGACUCUGUCUUGCCAGCCUUGAUUGCUCUCCGCAAAACACAUCAGACUGUGGAGGAGACAAGGGCUUACCUUUUGAGCCAUGACGGAUCAGCAGACAAGGCUCAGAAACGACUUCAAGUUGAGCAGUCCAACCUGAGGGACCAACAGGCACUUUCACAGAGCUUGCAGAAUCGCAUCCAGUCACUGCGCGAUGGACUGGACAACCGCAUGGAUAUGGAUCCAGAUGACAUAGCACAAGAGCGUGUCGCAGAGUUGAAGCGGAAAAAGAAUAACUACAAUAGGGACACUUCAGACUUACUCAAAGCCCUGAGAAAGUUCAUCGAGGGCCACCUUGCUGCAAUGUUGGCAGCAGAAGAUCUCGGUGGGCCCGUGGUGGGCAAUUUGAUGGAAAUCGACCAAGAUAACUUGGCCGCUGGUUUCAGCUCGCAAGGAAAACUGAAGAGAAUCAAGGAAAACCAAGACCAGGACAAGCGGCAGAGGCGCAUUGACGAGAUAUGGGGGCAAAGCCAGGAGAUGCACACUCAGCGCAACGAUGAGAACCGAGAUGAGUCAGUGGCGGCGGGUUCUGAGAUGAAAGGGCUGACUGAACUGCUACUUAAUACCCUCAUGGAAUCAGAUGGUGACAGCACUGCGGCCUAUAUCCAGCUUGAGAGAGAAACCGCCGCUGCACGCUUCCUUGUCAGAUCUAAGGUGGCACAGUUUCAUCCUAAAGAUUCUACAAGGCUGCGGCUCAUUGACUUUGGCAGAGAACUGGACGAUUGAGCUCGCUCCAAUAUCCAUCGCAUAUUCGCGAUUGAAAAAAAAAAAAAAAAAAAAAGAUGAAAAAAACUGUAUAAUUUUU